CGUCGACGACCUGUACGCAAUCUCCCAGCAUCCCUUUACAUUUUUCUACACACGUUACUUCACCACGUGACACGUUUAUAUUUUUUUUAUUACCAACAAUCAUUCUUAGACGCUGUUUUAAAAAAUAUAUAUAAGCAUAUAUGUCUGUUUUUUUUUUUUUUUAUUUAAUAAUGCAUUGAUGUUAAAACGGUGAAGAUGACACGUAAUUUUGGCUGGUUGAUUAUUUACAGUUUUAAAUGCGGACGCGUAAGUGUACAGAAUUAAAAAGUGCAAGAGGUGAGAUCCUUUAUUGGAUCGGGCAAUGAAGGAUGUGACAAUGCAGUGGAGUCCCGUUAAAAUUUUUCGCCUUGGAAUUUUUUUUCUUCUAGUUAUUGUUGGGUGCAGUGAUGGCUAUCUUAAUAUAUUUAUCAGCCAAUCACAAGUUAUGAAAUUAUUAGGUUUGGAAGCUGAACUAUAUUACGUACGAGAAGGUGUAGUGAAUGCAUACGCAAUGACAUUCGUUGUUCCUGUGCCGGCGAAUAUUGCAGACUUGGAAUUUUCUUGGCAGAGUUUAGCUGGUGUUCCACUACCUUACUCCAUGGAACUAGAUUAUGAUGUCGUGGGAGUGCAAGGUGGUAAUCCCGAGGCAGUUGCACUACUACGACCGCAAGUUAAUGUUUCAUCCAAAGGCCAAGUACCAACGACACUUCAAGUCUUUAGAAUUCGUAUUCCAUGUUCAGGUUUACUUAGUGCUGAAAUACCAAUGGCUUUGAGGCUCAAUAUUUCGGCGCCUCCUGGUACUAAGUACAACGAUACCACGUUGGUAUUUAGGCGUAACAAAAUUUGUCUUAAAGGUGUUGAAGCGCCUCCGAGUAACGAUUCAGUACGUUUAGAAGCUGGCCCUUUCAUUAAUGGUACAGGUGCACUCUACCUUGCAGCAACCUGCGCAUGUGCGUUUAUCCUCGUUGUUGGUAGUGUUGCCAGUGCUUUGUAUAUACGUAAUAGCAAAGCUCGUGUACAAGAAUCACAAAAAACGUUGCCAUGCUGCAGCUACUCAGCAGCGGGUACGGGUGGACUGACCGGAAGCUCAGUACUGGUAAGGGUAGACCCAAGGCCAGGAAGCGCCAACUCAGGAAGUUACGCGACUAUCGCAGACCUCGAGCCUUUGUACGCGCGGCCCUGCGGUUCCCGAGCGAGUUAUUACGCAGCCAGUCACGUUACCAACAUAAGCCAGACAACCGAUCCAUGUGAUAAAGCCCGAGCAAUGGCAAUUCCUAGAUCGGCACUUUACUGCCGAAGUGUUGUACAAGAAGGUACAUUCGGAAGAGUUUAUAAAGGUUCACUGAAUAUUGCCGGGCGAGAACAAGAAGUUAUCAUCAAAACUGUGACAGAAGUAGCAUCGGCUUACCAGGCAUCACUUUUGGUAGUAGAAGGUUCCCAAUUAGCUGGUCUAGUGCACGGAAACAUAGCAUCACUGGUGGCAGCGUGUCUGGACAGUCCAUGUCCGCUGUUGGCUUACGCCAGUUCACCCAGCGAGCUCAAUCUGAAGACCUACCUUACCGAUGGCCUUCAUCAUCCAGUUACCCGCGAUCUAGUCAACGUCGGUGUACAGGUGGCUCGUGCUGGCGCUUUUCUACACGGUCGCGGUCUUUUGCACAGGGAUAUAGCAACAAGAAACUGCUUAAUAGAACCGAAUAAUUUCCGAGUACGUUUAGCAGACGCAGCAUUAGCACGGGAUUUAUUCCCGCAAGACUAUCAUUGUCUUGGUGAUAAUGAAAACCGACCAAUUAGAUGGAUGGCUUUGGAAAGUCUCGAACACAAUCAAUACAGCACUGCCACAGAUAUUUGGUCGUUUGGUGUAUUCCUCUGGGAAUUGGCAACAAUGGGCGGACAACCCUACGUAGAGGUGGAUCCCUUCGAAAUGAUGGCUUGCCUGAGAGACGGCUACCGACUUGUGCAACCCCGCCCUUGUCCAGAUGAGCUUUUUGCUGUGAUGGCAGUGUGCUGGCUGGGAAUGGCUCGAGACAGACCAACUAUGCCCCAGCUUCUUGCCUAUCUCCAGGAAUUUCAUGACGCUCUUGGUGGAUUCAUCUGAGGUGUCUUAUAAUCCGAGAAUGGCGAGAGAAUCGUGUUUAUAUAUAUACUAUUAGAAGUGGACUAAAAACUAUUCUACUGGUUUAAGGACUAAAUUAAAUUGUAUUGAUAUAAAAAGCCAGGAAUAUUCAAUUUUCAGGGUCAACUAUUUGGUUUUUAUUAUUAUUAAAUUAUAGUAUAGGUAUCUAUUAUAAUUGUAUUAUAUUUCUAUAUAUAUAUAUAUGACAAACGAUCAUGUGGAUUGUUCCGUGCCCAAAUAACGAUAAGUCUUUCUCUAGUCUUUUUAUUGUACAAUAAUAUUUUAUUUAUUUUUCUACACGUCGUGAAUGCUCAAAAGAUUUUAUUCGAAGACGAAAUAAACCAUAAGAUUACCGAGUCUGAUACUCGGUACUUAUCUUAUUUUAUUGGUGAGGGAUAAGGGAAAGGGGGAUGAGUGGAAAAGCGGGCGCUAGGGGACAGAACAUAAUAAAAAAUAGAAUUGACGGUUUUUUAUUCAAGACAAUUUGCUACAAUACCGCACACGUUGUCGGCAACUGGCCAGAAGUGAGAGGCACGGGUUAAAGGAAAGGAUGAUGGCGAAAUAGGGUGAGUUAUAAAUUCCGUCUUGAGAGUGGCGCUUUAGUGGUCCAAAGAAGUAACAAGGCAUAAAAAAGUGGAUCAAAAAUUUAGCUGAUACACUGAAAAAAAUAAAUAUUUGUCCCAAAUAAAUCAAUUUAUUUGUGGCUUUGUUUUUAAUAUUUCUUAAUGACGAAUAAAUAUAUUUGGUACAACGAAUCGUGACAGUUGAUUCAAAUAAUUUUAUAAUUUGACGGAAAUAUAUAAUUUAUUUGUGGUAAGUAAUUGAUAUAUUUGUGGUAAAGGUAUUAAAUUUGUGAUAAAUAACCUAAAAUUUGGCGAUACUAUACAUAUAUUUGAAGCCCUUAUUAGGUAGAUUUCUUUAGAAAUCGGACUAUUGCAAUGGGUCUCAUGAUCGAAUUAUUAAAGAAUUUUGCCACCAUAUAUCUUAUUUUACCUAGUAGAGUCAAAAAAUACCAUCUACUCAAAAGUUUAUAUAUGUAUGUAUGUAGAUAUAUAUACGAUAUAACGCGCCUUGUCAUCACGAUAGCGCCCGCAAUUCUUAACGGAUCUUAAUGAAAUUUUAUAGACUUAUUUAUUGGACGAUUACCUUGAUCAAGUGCGAAGAUGAUCCCAAUUGGUCGAUUAGUUUGGAAGUUGUGGGUGUUUGAAAUUUUUUUUGAUUUUCAUAAGAAUGAAUUUUCUGGCUUUAUCCUUAAAUAACUUUUGAACCGAAAAUGAUGACUCAAUUCUGUAAAAAAAUGUCUUAAAAUUUUCACUGUAAUACUAGAUUUUUUUUUAAACAUCUUUUCUAACAAUUUGAUGAUAUCGAAAAUUUAACAAAAAAUAAAAAAAGCUUAUUUUUGCAGCUUAGUUUUUUAAUAACUUCUAAAUGAUAAGGCAUAACUCAUUUCCUUGAAAUUCAUGUUUAAGCCUACAAAAUAAGUAUUAAUUACACUAUUGUAGCUUUAUUGUAUUUACAUAAGAAAUCUACCUCUCCAUUCCGGGUAAUGCCGGAUGGCUCUUUUUUUUUUGUAGCAAUUGGAUCAUUUCUUUGCCACAAAUAAAUCACUUAUUUCACGCAAUUAAACUACUCAAAUAUAUUAUAUCUUUCUCAGAAUUUAAUAUUUAUUUGGUCAUAUUCAAAUAUCGAUAUCUUUGGCUCAAAUAAAUCUUUUUUUCAGUGUACUGAUAGAAUAGAAUGGCAAAACAAAAAUAAUUCCAUACAUGUCGAGUUUAUUUUAUUUGUUCUUUUUUUCGAACUUGUUAAAAAAGAGUUGGUAAAUAUACAGAGGCGUCAGGAGAUUAGGUGCGAAAUACUUGGGCACGAAAAAAUUGACACGAUCCACGUGGAAUAUUGAUGUAAAUGAUGUUUGAGGAUUUUAUUUAACAAAAUCCAUUAUAUACUAAUAAUAUAUAUAAACAUAUAUAUAUAUAUAUUGACCCAAUCCGGGUGGUAUUUUCCAAACGCUGAAAGUAAAAGUUGUGCUAUUUAUAAUUGACGCUCAACCGCGAGCUGCUUUAAUCAAACCGUAUCUCAAGUCUGACAAAAAAAGAUUAAAAAGAAAAUAGUAAUAAUAUAAAUCAAAUAGCUCGGAAUUGAAAACUAAUAUAAAUACUUAUUCAUGAAUCAAAAAUAGAUAAAUACUUUUUUUACUUAUAUUAAAAUUCACUAUUACUAUUAUUAUCAUUAUUUGUUUACGUAACUAAUUUAAUGCUCAAUUAACUGAAAGAUGAAUUUAAAAAUUUAUUCAAAUCAAUGAUGAAUAAAUUUAUAACCAAUCAAUAUAAAAAGUGAAAUUAUCUAAUUUUGAUUCUCGAUUCCUAAAAAUAUAUACACAUAUAUAUGUAUAUAAAUAUUAAAUACACUACUAAUGAAAGUUUCUCCGUGCGUUUGCGCAAACAUUUAUACUUUAUAUAUAUAUAUAUAUUCAUGUUAUUUGUAUAUUUUAAAUAGUAAUAAUAAUAAUAAUGAGCGUACAGAUCAUAAAAAAUAUUUAUUAUUAGCUUAAACGCCGAGAAAUAAGUCGAUAUGACAUGAAUGACUUGUAUAAAUAAAUAUAAGUAUAUAAAUAAAUAAAUAAAUAAAUAAGUAUACAUAUAGAUGUAUAUUUAGAAGAGGAUAAGUUAUAAGAUAAAUCUUGUCUAGUGGGUAAGGAUAAAAGACAAUUGAUAAAAUCACUUGAGAGUGGAAUCAGUGAAUAGUUGUUGUUAAACGACUUGUUGAUUUCCGUAGAGGGAACGAGGCCAAUAAAUGCGAAACUCGAUCGCUCUUGACUCACGUAAAUCUUUCUUUCCAUCGAAGCGCCUGUCCUCAAUUACGAAACUCGGAUAUUUGCAAGCAGCACUCAGUACUGCUCUGUACGACAAUGAUGGCGACCAACUGUAGAGAUAGAUUUACUAUUCUCUCUAACAGACUUAACUCAAACAUUUUAAAUUUAUACAGAUAAAUCUAUAUGUAUAUAUUAAUUAAAUAUAUACACAGUAUUACUUAUUUGCGUUCGUCGCUAACACGGUUAAGCUCUUUUAACAGAGAACAUACUUUGUAAAUUACAUUGUCGUUUGACCUUCGAAUAUAUAUGAAUAUACAUAAAUAUUGUGAGUAUUUAAUAUCAUAAAUAAUUGCGCAAACGAUUAAUUAACUAAUAGUUACCCGUAUCUUUGUAAGUCUAUAAAUAAUUGUGUAAAAGUAUAUUUAAUUACUCGUUCACGCACAGACAUUGGAUCCUAGAAUUCUCUGGUAUCAAUGAGUUCGGAAAGCGAGAAAGCGUUUUUAGGUAUUUGGUAAAAUUUAUGAACAUAAAGAGUACACUAAGUUUUCAUGCUAUGGUUUCAUUAGUAAUGUUGGGCUAUGAUGGCUACUAAUUUAAAUUGGAGUAAAAAUUUUCAAGAAUUGCAAGAGAAAAAUUAUGUACUUGAAAAUCGGAACGUUUUCGCGGAACGAAAAUUAAGAAACGAAAUGAAAAGUAAAAAAUCUACUGCCAGUAUGCCAACCGAAAUUUGUAGCCACUCCCAAUCACUCCUUUAGUCAUCUUAAAGCAGUCAACUUACAUAAAUUUUUUUAUUUUCGUUGCACGAAAAACGUUCCGAUCUUAACGUACAUAAAAAAUUAAUAUUUGUAAUAAUUAUGUCACGAAUUACAAUGAAAGUUUGAUUUGCGAUUUGUGAUGUAAUAAUUGUACACUAAAAAAUUGGGAGUGAAUUCGGAGUGAUGACAGAUUUUAUUUGAAUCUGCAUUCACUCUGAUUCGAAGUUUUAAUAUUAAAAUAAACUUCCCUUCGGAGUGAAUUUUACUCUAAGGAGAUUAAAUAAAUAGACAGUUAUCUGCUUCGCAUUCGCUCCGGAUUUAUUCCGCGUUCACUGCUAAUUUUUUACAGUGUAAAUUACAGUAACAAAAAAAAGUACACCAAUUUACUGGAAAUUUUACGUAGAAUCGGAGAAAAUCGUAGCACACGAUGAGUUCGAGGACUGGGCUCGAACCCAUGCUCUACAAGUCCGAUAAAUUUACAGUGCCACAAAGUACGCUACCUGGUACUUUAUGACCUGGAUGACAACCAAAUCACCACCGUCCUUCUUACGGCAUUAAAUACUUAUUUUUGUAUUGUAAUUUUUGAAAAUUUUUAUUUCAAUUUGCGCCAACGGUCAAUAUCUUCCGGUGUUGCUAUGAGACUAUAAUUUUAAACAAGAAAAAUUUAUCCGUAGAUUCAAAAGACACUGCCGGAUUGUAAACCUUUGGGAUUUAAAUUUUUUAACAAAACAUUUUCAGGUAUUUGAUAAUUUUAUAAUAAAAAAAUUUUAAGAGAUACCGCCGUAUUGUAAAAGGAAUGUCGUGAUUAAAAUAUUUUAAGUAACUUUAUAAAUUUAUUGAUAAAAAAAAAGUAAAUAAAUAAAUUAAUGUUCCAGAGACACUGCCCAUUGUAUAAGUAAUUUUGUGAUAAAAACGUUGUCGCAAAAUAUUCAAUAAAUUUCUAAGCAAAAAAAUAAAUUUCAAUAGACACUGCCGUAUUGUAAAUGUAAUUUCGUGAUUAAAUUUUUCUUCGCAUUUGUAUAAAUUUAAAAUUUAUAAGUUUAUAAUAGUCAAGGAUUAUUGAAUACACGCUCGGUUGCUCUUUUGUGUGGCGACAUUGUAUCAAGGUUUUCUCUAUUGUUUUUUAUUUGCACUUUUUUGUUUUAUUAUCUCUAUGAACAAAAUUCAAGGAUGCAAAGUGUUUAAUUUUUUUUUUUUUUUUAUUAAAUCUACUGAUAUCUCUAUCACUUGUUUUUAAAUUUACAGAAAAAUGAACUCUGAAAAAUUUUAUCACUGCACUUUGGCUUCGACUAAUUAUACAAAAAAAUUCGCAGAGCAACUUUUUUUAAUUUUUUUCCUAUAAAUAGUUGAGUUUUUCAAUGUAAAAUUUCAUUCUUUGGUAAACAAGUUUCAUAAAUGAAAAUAAUUUUUUUUAUUCUUAAUUAUUUAUUUGCAUUUGGUGCUAAGCCAUGAUAUUAAAUCCCCCGCACCACCUACUCGAAAAUUUAUCUUCAGUAGUAAAGUAAAAAAAAAAUUAUUGAGUAUAAUCACUAGUGAGGUGACUAAAAAUAAAAUUAAAAAAAAAUAUAAAUAAGUAAUGAAAAUUAAAAGUCAAAACUGUAACUACGACAUAAGUAUUUUAUAAGUGACUAUUAUUAUUAUUAUGAUAUUCGUGAAUGUUUUUUAUGGAGGAACAGGGUAGUUUAGGGCUGCACACUUUUUUCGCUACACACCUUUGUAUAUGUGGAAACCGCAUGUUUCCCUUCUUUUAUUUAUUUUCUUUAUUAUCGUAAUAGUACAUUUUAUAUUAUAUAUUAUAUAUUAUAUGAUAUGUUGUAUUAUUAUACAUUGGCUGCUUGACCUUGGGAUCCCACGAGAGAUAACAGAAUAAAAUCGAUGAGAAAAGGAUGUAACCGAUUUUUUCUUCCGCCAUUUCUCGAUCGAUUUAAAAUCCACAAUUUAUUUUUACUCAUUUUUAUACAUUUUUAUUAUCAUUAUUAUUAUGUAAUAUUAUAUAUGUAAAAAGACUGUUCCACGUACGUUGUAAAUAACUGAUAUGGCGAAUAAUAAAGUGAUAUGCGCCGAAUUAAUUAAAUUUAAAAAAUAAUAAGUUGAUUUGUGCAGAUUCUAUUAUUUCUUAAUAUAUAUAUGUAUAUGUAUAUGUAUAUGUAUUAUAUUAUAACAAUAUGUAUGUAUGGCAUUAUUUUUUAAUGGAAAAUAAAAUAUACGUGUUGAA